UCUAUAAAAUGUCCUCCUUCAGAGGAUGUUAAAAUUAUUCCUCAGAUUUAAACUGAGCCAUUAUUUAAUCCUACUCUUUAUCCAGUUCUUAUACUCCUUAUGAACAUGUCAUCUGCUUUGCGUAGUAAUGUUGUACGCCCUUGUCAAUUCCUAGUACACGUUGCACUCAAUUCAAUUAGUUAUUGCAAAGACGUAAAGUUGUCUUGUGUGUUCUUUCCUCUAAAUUAGUAACACUAACAAUCAAAUAAAGGUGACAUGUACAUCGUCUCAGUCUUCCUACGCUUGGCCCAGCAGAAUAUGAGGAUAUUGUAGCUGGGAGGAGAAAUGGCUGUCUCAGCAGUCGGCUGAUACCAGACUGAAGCAGCAGGAAAUCCCGUACCUUGUUGAAAGACAAAACACGGUACUCAGCUCAGGAAUCGAACCAACGACCUUAUGGUCACGAGCUCAGUAUCCUAACCUCUAGACCGGGAACCUUCACAUCAGAAAGAAUCGUUGUUGAUAAAAGCUUACCUCUGUUCCAGCACUGAUAUUACCUAAUCUUUCGCACAAGCAGGUUAGCGAAUUUUUUUUUUUUUUCCGUUGAACUCCAAAGAAACUACGAUUAAACCAGAGCAGUUUUAUAUUUAAAUCCCAAGUGAUUGAUGGACUUCUGGUUACGAGGGGAAUCAAAAUUUGUACUAAUGAGAGAUAUAGUUUUGGAAGCAAAACAUUCCAUAGUAGAAGGCUUGCUACGAGCAUGUUUCCGUCAGAUUAUUGACAGUGAUGAAGACAACGAUUUUCCUUUACCAUUAACCAGGAAAUGUAGCAGUUGUCGCCGAAAGCUGGAAAAGGUAAGAAAUGCAGAGAUGUCUAGAUCUGCACAAACACCAACCGCGAACAUUGAUAAUGCAGAAGCAACACAAAAAGAUUGUAUUAAUACUUCAAACAUUUCCGAAUCGGAUUCUACUACCUCCUCCAUACAUCGCAGAAACAAUAUUCCUGCAGAACAAGACAAAUACCAGAUAACGGACUUUACACCAAACAUAAUGAUGCAAUUUCAUCCAGAAGCCCAGUCUUCGAAGUUUGCCGAAAAUUUGCAAAUGACAAGAUCCGCUGGUAACAUAUACAUUUUAAUGUGUUUGUAUUGGUACAACUUCAAACAAUAUUUACUAUACAGAAAAUUAAAAAAGAAAAACCAGCUAAAUUUGUAAUAUCUAUAAAAGAAUCUGGUCUUAAAUUUGUAAAGAGCUGUCAAAAUUUUAUCAAAAAUUCCCCUGAAAGAAAUUCGUAAAAUACACUUAAUUAAAAUUCACAGUUUAGAGUAAACAUGAUGAUUAACAAUCAUUGAAUAUUACUAUAAAGCUUCAGUCGAUUAAUUUGAAUGAAACCGGUGACAAUCACUUUUUGAGAACUCUGUCAUUUUUCCAAACGCGUCUUGAUGAAAUCCUUCUGUUACUAUAUUUCUGUCGAAAUACGCUAUAUUUGUAUCAGUUAAUUUUUCAAAUAAUGAAGGAUUUAGUAAAAUAACUUCAUCGUUAAGCUGGUGUUUGGAAAAACAAAUUAACAGAUUUUGAUGGAAGAUUUGAAUUUCGAUCACUUUGAAACAGAAUGCUUGCAUCAAAGAACCAAGGGCAAUUUGAGGCUGUCUUCUACAAGCUGAAAUGGUUACACAAAAGAGUAACCAAGUCAUCUUCGCAUAGUUUGCAUUCUCAGAACCAUUAUGGAGAAUACUACUAAUUUGGGACUUGUAUAAAACAAAUCUUGUAUUAGGAAGUUAGGAAAUUAAGAAAUAACGAAAUCAAAAGCAAUAAUUGAAAGAAAUGUUGGCUUUGGAACGAUUUAUUUUCCAUAUAGAAAAUACAUUACAUGCAUCCAAAUUAAGAACAUAUCGUAUACACAUGAAGAUAUACUACUACAAGCCAUAAAGGACAGUGGCAUCAUAUGCAAAAGUAACAAACUGAUAGUACAUAUGUUCUCAGAACGUUAUAUGGCAUAUGAUAUCAGCUACUUCAUUGAUGAUAAACGUUGAUUUAUUUUCUACAACGCAUGAUCGCAGUUUCAAUAAUGCAUUUUCUACUAAAAGAAACACUUGAGGAAUAUUAAAGCAAUCUAUAAAUGUGACGGCGGUCAUGUGUAAAACUGCAAACCAUUUUUAUUUUUGAAUAACUCCAGGUACAAAACUUUGGAUUUGUUACAUUUAUAUUUAGACACACAAGCAUUCAGCUACAUAUAC